AUGCAAACCAUUCAGACAAUAGAGAUGCAGUUACCUGUCCUGCGAGAGAGUUUCCACUCCUCUCCCUUCAGAGAGAGAGUGAAAGAACGGAGGAAGAGCAGCCUGACAAAUCUCAUUAGAAGACAACAGCAACAGUUAUUACUCCAGCAACAACAAUCAGAAUUACAUCAGAAGCAACAGCUGUUCUCACCCUCACAGGGCCACACUGCACAUGCUCAGUUGGUCCGCUCUUCCAGCAGCCCGUUAUGUGACUUGGCAGAGCAAAUAGAUGAGCAAGAGAAAGUGAAAGAGAUUGGGAGGCAGGGGGAGCUGUCUCUCAGACAGUCCUCGGCUACGGCGUCACAGCCUGCAUCAUCAAAGCAGCUGCUGCCGACGGUGAAGAGAGCGAGAGAGGGAUUAGAGAGGGAGAGGGAGAAAGUGCAAGGGAGCGUGGAGAGGGAGAGAGGAGAGAAGAGAGAGCAGCACAGAGAACGAGAAAGUCAGUCCUUUCACACGCGUUCCCAGCAUGGCCUGAUCGCUAAAGGUGUUCGCCUUCUGAGGAACAUGGGAAACCAGGAGGCCAAGCAGAAGAAGACCACUGUCACUACAGGAGUGGAAGGUGCUGGGAAUGGGGCGAGCACCGAGGACCGAGACCAUGAACAUCUCAAGAAGAUUAAGAAAAGUAAAUUGUCGGGCGACUCGGGCAAGAAGAAAUCCAAAUCGGAAGGCUCCAGAGGUUCUGUAUUUUCCAACAUCCGUAUCAGAAAGGGCCUCUCCCGGAAAGGGUUGUCCAAAGAGGAUGUACUGGAUGAUGGGAUUAGGAUUAAGAGCAUGGAUGCUAACGACAGCAGCAAUGGUGGAAUAUCGGGUGAUGAGCUGGAGGGUCUCACGCCUGAUAGUAAGCAACUCACGGCUGAAAGCAGGCAGUCAACUCUGGACACGACAGAAGAUGAUGCUGAGAGAGAGACUGAGGGAUCAGGGUCAGAUACAGAUCUUUGCAGCUACCACUCAGCCGCCGAGGCCCAAGAUCUGCUGUUGGAUAUCCAGAGGACUAUCAGACAACAGCAGCAGAUGGAGGGAGUUUCUGAGGGGCAAAACUGUAGUGGACAAGUAGGGUCUGAAGGCCAGACUGAGGUCACUCAGGGUCUUACUUGUAGUAGCCUUGCUUGUAUUGGCGAACCAGAGAAGGUAAAAGGUGUAUCUGCAUCUGACAGCAAAGAACAAGAUCUUAAAUAUAGUGGGGAUACAGUAGAAGGGGUGAUUACAACAACACUAAAGGCAGAAUCAGGUGGCGAAGUGACUGAUGUUGCAAAUAAAGCUGAACGUUUGAGCAAUUUGGCCAUUGACUAUUGCAUUCAGGAUAGUAUCACUGACACAAGUAGUGUCCAGGAUACAAUAUCUGUUACCAAAUCAACCAGUAACUACAGUUUUCAGGAUACUACAGCAACAUCCACCUCCUAUGAGAGUGCCGAGGAGAUCCUGGAGAGUUCAUCUCUAUCGUCUCCUCUUGAAGAGUGUCAUUACGGUAGCAAUAGCCUGACUCAAAGCCUAGAAAUCGGUCUCAAUUCAAGAAAUCAGACCAGCUCAAUGUCCAAAAUCAGCCGGAUAAUUUUCAUCCCACAGAAGAGCAUUAGUAGUGUAGAGCUGAACAUAGAGGGUGAUGGUCAUGUAGAGGAGGUAGAUCGAGAGUAUUCCCACCAACAGAGAAGGAAAAGCAGUGCCGCGUCCAUCACACAGUGGUCAUCUGAGAACUUUUUAGGCUUGGGGUCACGACCACGUAGAACUUCCAGCGCUAACCUCAGGGUUAAACCUUAUCCUACAGUACACACUUCUUACGUUAAAACGACCACCAGACAGCUCACAUCACCUAUAAUAUCUCCAUUGACCACUCCGUCCCUAAGUCCAAUGUGUCCUCGCAGGGUCGGCUUAGAGUUGGGAUCAAGUCAGGGGUCAUACAGAGCAGGAAGCUGGAGAGCACGGAGACAACGGUCCUGUAGCAUUGCAGGUCCGGUGGGUUGUCAUGAAGAAUGGUGUGAAGCCAUUCAUGAUCAAUCAGAGCUUAUUGAUCAUGGCUUCCAAACCCUCAGAUGCAGGCAAACGCCAUCCGCCUUUCCAGAUGUGUUUUCAGGUCGCUCUCUGUUCGAGAGGUGUCUAGUACAGUGGGGUUGUUCUGAAGAUGACAGUGCUGCACAGGAUGUUGAGAGAUUCUGUUCCCAUAUUCUGGCUUUGGGGAUUCUACAGCCUUUCAGUGACUGCAUCAGGGAACCACCCACAGGAAGUGAUGUUACAGAUAAGCCCAUUUUCAAUAAGGAGCAGCUGUAUACCUGGGCUCCAAUGGGACAGAAUGAGAUCAGAACACCUGGGCGGCUCCAAACAAUGUGGCCUCCGAGUCCGUCCCCCACUGCUGCACAGCUGCAAGAUGGAUCCACGGGGCAAUCUGGAAUCGUUCUGGAAGGAACUUCCGUUUCCAUUCAGGAGCUAGAGCGAACAAUAGAAGAAUUACUUGUGAAAAUAUCAGAUAUGGAAAAAGACAAUGUUUUGGAUGGCACAAAGCUUGGAACAAGGGAUCGAGAAGUGGGUAGUUUCAAUCAAACUAUUAAACAGACUAAAGUAAAUGAACAACGAGUUAAUUCAGCCAUUCAGACCUCACCUGUCGAGGAAGCCUUUAAACUUCCAGUGCCUUUAUCAGACCAAUCACAUACUCCCAAAUUAAGUGACACCGCUACUUCACCAUUUGGUUUGCCCUAUACCUGUAGCUGCCAAAGAACACAGGAAAUCCCACCCCCUGCACCACCACUACUUCCUGUUGUUUCAGGUUUCCCGACACCUUCAAAACAAGAUGCAUCAAUACCUCCACCUCCUCCACCUCCACUCCCAGAUACGACUCAGCUCCAUCUGCCUUUCCCAGGUACGACUCCAACCCCUCCACCUCCACUUCUAGGUAUGGCUCCUCCCCAUCUGCCACUCACGGGUACAGCUUCUUCCUCUCCACAACCUCCACUCCAAUGUAUGGCUCUGCCCCCUCCACCGCCUCCGCUUCCAGAUAUUGUUCCACCACUUGCACCUGUGGGCAUGGCUCCACCUCCUCCUCCACUCCCAGGCAUGGCUCCACCCCCUCCACCUCCACUCCCAGGUAUGGCCCCACCCCCUCCUCCUCCACCACCUCCUGGCUGUGGACCUCCACCUCCUCCUCCUCCACCUCCUGGCUGUGGACCCCCACCACCCCCUCCUCCACCUGGUUUUGGGCCACCACCACCCUUCGGUCCCCCUCCACUCUUCAUGGGGUUGGUGCCGUCUAGCAUGGCUCAGGACUCCAUCCCCCUGAAGGCUGUCAUCGAGCCUCCACGGCCCAUGAAACCACUCUACUGGACACGGAUUCAGCUACAUGCCAAAAAGGAUGCCAAAAGUGCCCUGGUGUGGGAAAAGGUUCAAGAGCCAUCAGUAGAUUUUGACGAAUUUGUGGAGCUGUUUGCCAAAAGCGCAGUCAAGGAAAAGAAGAAACCUAUCUCAGAUACCAUAACAAAAUCAAAGGCCAAACAGGUUGUCAAGCUGCUGAGUAACAAACGUUCUCAAGCGGUGGGGAUUCUGAUGUCCAGUCUUCAUUUAGAUAUGAAAGAUAUUCAGAAUGCCAUCUUGAACAUGGACUGCACCGUGGUGGAUCUGGAGACGCUCCAGGCGCUGUAUGAAAACAGAGCUCAGAAAGAAGAGAUGGAUCAGAUUGAGAAACAUAUCAAGUCUUCAAAAGAUAAAGAAAAUGCAAAACCACUGGACAAGCCUGAACAGUUUCUGCUGCAGUUGUCAGAGGUUCCUCAGUUCUCGGAGCGGGUUUUCUGUAUUCUCUUCCAGUCCACCUUCACAGAAUGUAUUACAUCAGUUCAGCGCAAGCUUGAAACACUGCUGAGAGUCUGUACGGCUCUACAAUCAAGUCAAGCCGUCCUGCAGGUUCUAGGUUUGGUUCUAGCAUAUGGGAACAUUAUGAACGGGGGCAACCGGAGCAGAGGACAGGCAGACGGAUUUACCCUAGACAUCCUACCCAAGUUAAAAGAUGUCAAGAGCAGUGAUAAUUCUCAGAGCCUCCUGUCCUACAUAGUUGCUUACUAUCUGCGACACUUUGAUGAGGAUGCAGGUAAAGAAACAUGCGUGUACCCACUUCCAGAGCCUCAGGAUCUGUUUCAGACUUCGCAGAUGAAGUUUGAGGAUUUUCAACGUGACCUACGCAAGCUACGGAAAGAUCUGAAUGCCUGUUCAGCAGAAACAGAAAAGGUGUGUAAUGUCUCGUCUGAGGAGCAACUGCAGCCCUUUAAGGACAAAAUGGAAGAAUUUCUCACUAGAGCCAAAGCAGAGCUGGAGCUCCAGGAAAAACAGCUCGCUGACACGCAGAGGAUUUUUCUGGAGCUGAGCGUGUUUUUCUCAGUCAAGCCUAAGGCGGGAGAGAAGGAGGUUUCACCAAACACAUUCUUCACAGUGUGGCACGAGUUUUCAUCAGAUUUUAAGGAGCUCUGGAAGAGAGAGAAUAAAUGCCUACUGCAGGAGCGGUUGAAAGCUGCAGAAGAGACUUUCAGACAAGCACGAGAGAAGGCUACCUACAACGUAAAACCUAAACAUGCAUCAGGGAUAAAAGCCAAGCUGGGACAGAAGAUGUGAAUUUCUGCUGUACUGAAUCCAACAAAACUCCUUGUUUAAAACAAAAAGUGGAUCCCAUUGCAAGAAAUAAAAAAUAUCCAUGUCCAGGCACUCACAUAGCAGGCAAAAUAUAAAAAGCCUUUAUUGUAAGACAGGGCUACAUGUUAAAAAACACCAACACGUAUCAGCCCAAACAGGCCUUUGUCAGGGUGUCAUAUUUUGCCUGCUAUGCGAGUGCCUGGACGUGGAUUUUGUUUGUUACUUGCAAUGGUAUCCACUUUUUGUUUUUGACAUUUUGUUCCCUCUCUGGAGCACUCAUAGUAUCGCUUGUGAGUACCUGAUGCGCCCCUGGUCAAUACUUUUUUCUUUGAUUAAAACUCCUUGUUUGCCCGGUUCUUUCUUUGUUUUCUACUUAACAGUUACUUCAGUAUAAGAAUAGCCAUGAGAAGGUUUGCAUUAUUUUAGUACAUGAACGUGGUCAGAAUUUUGUCAUUUCUGUAGUUUCAUAUGAAGACAAUCAAAGCUUAAAGGUCUCCUGAAAUGUUUAGAAACAUGCAGCUUUACUCUAUGUGUUGACGUCAUUUUAUCUGAAACAGGAAGACAGGG